CCUUCGAAAAAAUCCAGGGCAGAUGUCCAGGCGUAUUGCACUCCAGCAACGUGUGCAAAAAAAUCGUGGACUAGUACGUCUGCAUAGAACGAGCUGCACAACAGCAAGACCAGACCGGUCUCCGCUAGGCUGUGCAGAAAAACGAGGCUGAUGAGCCACUCGGAGUGGCACACCGAGUGGCAGCAUCGCCGUGCUGGACCAAAUAAAGGCACAUAAAAAUGGCAAACUUGUGCUCACCACGACAACUUCCUGCAACUACUUAUCCCCCGCUCACUGCUGAACAGAAUGGAAUCUCACCUGCCCGAUGAUAAUCGCUGCAGCCAAUGGCCCGUGUUGCAUGGAUGGAAGAUCGAUGAAACGGCCUUUCGAACAAUCACUCCAUACAAACAAACCCGGGCCAUGACACAGAGGUCCGACUCUUCAUCCUCCAGUGCAUCAUCUCCCGAGGCUGGGCCAUCGUCGUCCAACAUGGCGCUGCGGUGCAGUCCCGUGCCUCAAAUCCUCGGUAACUCACUUCUGGCUGGACUCUCACUCCCUUCGGACUACAUUUUUGACUUUUCUCUCCCACUUGACUCCCCAGAGUACCCAUCUGCACCAGCGCCCUUGCAGACUCAGGUGCAAAAUUCCCCGCAGCUCGACGCUGCCCAGCCCAGACCUGCAAAGAAGCGGCGCCCGCUUCCUCUCGUCCCCGGUGGGUCUACCUCAAAAACAAGUUCGUCGCCCGGUCGUUCCAACAAAACCGAACAAUUUGUUCGGCGACGUCGGAGCGAGGCGUUGGCGGCCAAGCUUGGUGCGGGGGCGACGUCUCGCGAGCGGAAGCACAGAGAGGAGAACGAUGAGAAUGCGCCACCGGUCGAGUCGGACGGUCAGCAGGCGGACGAAGGGGAUCUGGUUCUGUGGGACGUCUUCCGGAAGGAGGUCCAAUGCAACCACAAGCCGCAUUGCCGCUUCAGGGUGCAGGGAUGUCCAUGGACAUUCGACGAGGUCAGGGACCUCAAGCGACAUGAAGACGAUCGGUCACACUUCGACGACCGGAAGGCGAUGAAGUGCGCACCGGUCAAGCUAUAUCGCUGCCCUUGGCCCGGAUGCGACUAUGCGAGCCAGCGGGAUUAUUGCUUGAAGGCACACUGGAAGGCUGUUACGAGUGGUUGCGUGAAGCACUUGAUCGGGGACCCGCGUUGGCCGUACGAGUCACUUGAAGAUCUCCACCAGCAUCUUCGUGAGCAUCCUGCACACUUUCAAUGUCCCAAAUCCUAGGACAAGUAGCUGGCAUUGGAUAUGUGAUGGCAUGCCAUG